UCGUCAUCGGCAAAUCACACUAGGUUUACACUCUCUAUUCCUUUCCUGGAUAUCUGCAUGAAGCCUCAAGCUAAUCGCAUAGCCACUUCUAUACAUUACAAAGCCAUGGAUAGCCACUCUUACUUCAUCUUCAGCUCAUCCCAUCCUUACAGUUGUAAGUCAUCCAUACCUUAUAGUCAGUUUCUCAGAGUGCGUAAGAUCUGUAGCGAUGACGCUGACUUCGACAUUGAGGCAGCAAAAAUGGAGAUCUUUCUUGCAGCACGCGGAUAUCUGAAUGACCUCAUUAGGAGGGGAAGGGAACAAGCAUCGACCAAAUCAAGGGCUGAAAUUUUGAAGAGUGUCGCUGCUAACAACAUAGCUAAGGACAGCGUACCUUUUCUCACUACCUUCCUUCCCAGUAACCUUGUUGUCAAGAAAAUAAUCUCAAGGAAUUUCCGGAUCCUUUGCGAGGAUAGCAGGACAAGCAAGAUCUUUAAUAAACCACCAUUGAAGGCUUUCAGGCGUGCCAAGAAUCUGAAGGGUCUAUCAGUCAGAAACAGCCUACCUCGAAACCUUCCACACCAAUCACCAGGAACAGUUCUCCAUUUAAAAAUGGAAACUUCCUUUUAAAAAUGGAACUGGAGAGUAAGGCCUUUUUCCUCGGGAUAUUUCACUGAUAAUCCAAUCAGAACGAUCUGUUGUAAGUGCUAUUAAGUGUGUGAGAUCAUCCCACAUCUAACCCAAUCAAAUGGGGACAAAGAUACGUGAUAUUUUGGAAUGUUGGGAUAUCUCGUGUAUGAGCCAAUCAGGGAGUCUCUUAUCAUACCGUUAACUUCACACCAUUUCCGAUCUCAAAAUAAAUAAAAGAUAAGACAUCUGCUAUCAGGUUAAAAGAUCAUUUACACAAUGAAGAUAGAGAUAUACAGUUACCGUUCCCAUAAACUUAACACAAAAUCCGUCAGUUUGUUUAUGUGAGAGGGGUUUUGUGGUUUGUCUGCCGACUGAUGUUCUCACAGGCGCUAGGAUACGAAGCCAGAAGAUGUGAGAGAAUUUUUGGACCCCAAAAAAUCAAAAAUUGACACGCUAUUUUUUCAACAGUAAGUGCAAAAAAAAACUAUCCUUAAUCCAGCCACCAUCGAGUAUCUGUUGAACGACAGUCUUUUCUCAAGUUGCAAUGGAACUUCGUUAAUGAGGUGAUGAAUAUAUGAAUGUUAUAAAUAUAUUAAAAUUGCGGGGUGAAGAAAUAAAAGCACAGGAGAUCACGACAGUGAGAUACGCAAUUAUUUAUGCUGUUGGGAAAAGAAAGCCUGCAUUACACAGAUCUUUUUUUCCCAUCUUAUCUUUGACUCUUUCAUUGCAGUCUCACUUUAUUUUCUAGCAAACAUGAGGGGUUCGAGUGCAUUAAUUUGAACAGCUUAAAUUUCAUUCAUUAUACAUCAGCGCUAUUUUAAAAUUAUAAGUAGCGGAAUAUUCCGCAUAUAAACGAAUCAGAACCUCUUUUAUUCCGGGGUGCUGGAUAAUUCCGCGUUCCAAAUUCAUGCAUGCAUGUACACUAGUAGCUUUUGAAAUCGUGAGAUAAUGAAUUUGAGGCAGAAAUAUCCUUUCUUUAUUCAUACAUUUCUGCAGCAAAGCAGAACAUUCCUUUUGUUUCAUUUCAAAUCGAGAUACAUCGCACUGAUGUAAGCACAUUUUCCAAAAUAGUCACGGCAUUUCUUUAAUGUAUGUGUUGAUGAACACGUAAUAAGCACAAACUAGAAUACCUUUGCCACUGUAUACUGUACUUAUCUCACCUUUUUGUUCCAAAAGCGCUAAAAAAAAGCAUUAUGUUUCUGUGAGGGUUGAAUCCAAUAAAUGAUCCAUACUGGCACGCGAUUUGCAACUGUUAAGUUUAUUCUUUCAUUGUUUUUAACAUUUUCACUACAGAUGUCAACUCUAUGUGGAUUUUCCAUUUCCUCUCUGCAAUUUUUAUCGGGCAGAAAUGGUCACCGUUGUAACACAAAACCUGUUAAAAACUUAAAUAGAAAAACGCCAAAAACAUACUAGAAAGAUGAAACAGUCAUCUAGAAAUUUUUAGCCUUUCUUGACUUAUCGAAACUUUUAGGUAAUAUUUGCUUCUUCAAACUAAUGUUUUACAGAAAACAGUCGUUGUGUGCCCCUCAGAUAACAGAGGGAAAUAAUUUCAGCAUUUCUUUAUGCCCAUAUAUGGACAUGGAAUGUUAACCGCAAGUUACAUAACAAAUGUAGCAAAGGUUAAACGCGUGACUAUUUACUGAUAAAAGUAUGAAAUACAAAUCCACGACAAUACUGCAGAGGCAGUAUCUAUUUAAUAGAAACCAAACGGAAAAGCAACGGCAAGAAAAAUAUCGCAGAGCAGCCAAAAAUGAUCAAUGUGUUGGCUUUGAGGCUUAGAGAAGCAUUCAUGCCAUAUCUGUGUUGUUCAAAAACAUGAAAGAAAACUUUCAAUUCUUGUGUCUUUGUUGAAAGCACCACUCCAGGAAGAGAGCACACACACACACUUAAUAGCACUUACAAUAGAUCGUUCUGAUUGGAUUAUCAGUGAAAUAUCCCGAGGAAAAAGGCCUUACUCUCCAGUUCCAUUUUUAAAUGGAGAACUGUUCAGGUACUUUCCCUUGUAACAGGACUGUUUUCCGCACAUGUCCCCAUGUUAAUUCAUCAUCCACAAUUACAACACCCAAAGGGCAUGUUUACAUCACAGGACAUUUUUCCUGCAUCACUGAACACAUAGUUUAUUGCUUGUUGUGCACCAAGUGUACGUCGAUAGUGUACAUUGGGGACACUGGAUGCAGGUUGGCAGACCAUUUUCGAGAACACCGCAGAGAUAUCAUCAACAAGAGGAAUAACCUUCCUGUACCUACUUUUCGAAACCGUACAUGUCAUGCAGCUUAUCUUGUGGUACAAGUCUAAUACAAGCUAUGCAGAAGUUCAAGUACUUACUGUUGUAAACAGAUAAGCUCAUAUAUUAUCGCUUAACUAUAGUUUCUAUCGCAAGCAUUGGUCGUAAUCGUCGAAUCGAGUCUUGAAUUCUAUGCGUUUCAAAGUGUGUUUUUCAUGUGAGAUUAAAGCAAAUCGUACUGUGCUUUGGAUCGCUUUAUUAACUCACAAUAACAGCAUCCGUUUUAAAAUUUUUAAAUUAACAUUUAUAAGUACUACACUGUGCAGGUUUUUCAAUCUUUAUUACCCUCUCUAUUGCUGCCCGCUACAGUGUUGUGAAUGAAAUUUAAUGUUAUUCUUAAGUCCAACUUUUAAGACCCAUCUUUUUAGUGUGCCUAAAAAGUUCUUGUUUUAUUUCUGGGAUCAAUUGAGUUUUCUGUACUAUCUCUGUCAUCUGGUCUGUCUGUCUACUUUAAAUUGUCACUGAGACCUCAAAGUCUUAUAGAUCAAGGAUUUUUAGCCUGUCUGCGACGCAGACUAAUCUGAUCUUGCAGCAAUGAAAAUAUGACUGAAGUGAAAGUAGAGAGACAGUCUUUUGAAUUAUAGCAGUAUUUACAAAUUGCCAUGAAUUAUAACUUUAAUAUAAUUUUUACAUACAAUGUAUAGGUGUGUAUUCUUUCUGAGAUCCAGAUUCCUUGACAUUUUUCGGAGGGAGAGAAGCGACGACCGGAAAUACGUCUGCGGUUCGCAGGCUAAGGAGUAACAAGUUCUUUUAAAAAGUAAUCGCUACUUUCAUAGUCUGUAAUAUCAUUAUCAUCAUCACCAUCAUCAUCAGAUGGAUCACUCACACAAGAACGUUUCAGUUGCAAACCAUGUUCAUUAUCGCUGCAGUCAAAAUGAAGUUCAACUGGCUCUGCGAUCUGUUGUACUUGUUGCUUUGUGACUUGGAAUAAAUCGCUUGUUGUUUUGUCCACGUCAGCUUCUGUUAACUGGGAAAUUCCUUUUGUAAUACUAGAGACCAGACAACUGGGCUUUUCGAUGUCCCCAGUUUCAAAAAAUGAAAACUGAAAGUCUUGGUUCGUUUGGGUCACGAACGUGCUCAUGCAACAUUUGCAAGUGAGAUAAGGAUGAGCCACGAAAAUGCACUGUGUUGACAGGCAGGUUUAAUAAUGAGCACGCAAAUCCCCUUUGUGGAAAUAGUAGGUCAGUAAGGUGCACCUCUAGGACUGUACAUAAGUUUUUUACAUAGAUAGGUCAUUCCAGGUUAGAGUGGUGUAAUAGAAUGAUUACUCAAUAAUAAAGAAGCACUGAGAUUUUUAUCUCAAAGCUGGCGAGUUUUGCUGAAUUAAUGUCAUUACUAUGGAAGGUAUUUUCUUCAUAACUCAAACUAUCAGUGGCGAAUUGUGUUUGAUUGACGUUUAGCUUUUCCUUCCAACUGUUUAAUUUUGCUCCCUAUAAGGAGACUUCAACUUCAUACAAAAUGUCAUAGUCAAAAUCAACUUCUUUGUCCUUGACCUUACAUGCAGAAGUUGGAAUCAUUUAUUGUUAUUAACCAAGGCUAACAGAAAACAGGAAUAUGUUGCAUCAGGUUGUUAUUUUUAUAAGCGACCUGAGUGAACCAUUCUCUUUGGAAACCACAUCUACUUGCCGUAAAUAGCGAACCCUUGCAUCCUAUUGGCCCAGAAUGACACGGUAAUUGAGAUUUUGGAAUACCAUGUGACCCCAAACGAUGUGGUUCUCUGUUUGCGCGCUCAAUUUGAACUGAAAAUCAUCGAUCGAUCUGUUUUGGUUGUUACCGUUUGAAACUGUAUUCACUGUAGCUUAUAGCGAAAUAACUAUGUCUCUUCAACAUCCUGCAAGCGAGCUUUUAACCCUGGAAUCAUCAAAGAAUGAAGAACGUCAACUCUAAAGUGAGUAAGGUAAAAAGUCCUACCAAGUAUGCCAUAGUGUAUUGGUAGAGACGAAAGACUUUAAUGUCAUGCCACUAUCGAAGAUUCCUAAAGACAGUAGAGAAGAGGGAGCUUCAGCUACCUUAAAAGCUGAGCGUAAAGAGUGGGAGACUAAGAUAGUGAAAAGUGGAGGUGAGAAGAUAUACAUACAUUUUGUGUUGUACGACAUUACAAAUUAAAGCAGGAAAUGUCUUAAAAGGGAUAGUUAGAGCUAUGGAUGCAUAUAACUAUCUAGUUCGGACGCGAAUGAUAAGAGCUGAUUUAAUUUCUUUGUCAUUUAAUGCUACGGUGACAUUAAAAAAGUAUAAAUCAGCCAAUUUUCCCCGAGUCUAACGCAGGAGAUUACAUCUGGGAGCGCCAGAAUUCAGAAAAUUUGCCAUGAUGACGCGACUACUUCUGAAGACAGUUCCUUUACAAUAAAGUUGGGCUAAACACGAUAAGCGAAUGUGCUGGAUCAGAGGAUUGUCCAUGCAAUCAUAGGUAAGAUAUCAGUCAUUCUAGGAUAAACGUGAACUGACAAAAAACAGUGUGGUUGUGUUCAAAGCCCCGGGGUUCAAAGCACUCUGCAAACUGUCCUUAAAGUGAAAUCUCAGUUUAACGACAGAAGAAAUCGAUUUAUCUAUUAUGAUCUACUAUGGGUUCUCCCCAGUUUUUCGCUUUUUCUCUUCUUCCCAACUGUUUAUGUCCUGUCAUACAAAUGCCAUUAGCGUUAAGCUUUUAUUUCAGGUAUUUUUUAUUUAUUCAAUGUUUUCCUUUAUAUUUUAGUGUAUGCUAAGUGCCAUUCUUUAUGGGUAAAAGGAGGCAAAAUGAGCAAGGAAGCCAUGUGUGAUUGGGGAUGAAUUAUACGAAAUAAAUGUAUAACUGUUGAAAGGCGGUUGAAACAGAGAUUGAAAAAGGAAUAAACUCAUCAGUGAUCAGGAUGUCCAGGAUGUUAGAUUGCUUUCGCAAAACCCGUAAAAAAAUGGAAUUAGUAUAUACUGAGUGUCUAAUAUGAUAGGGUCUAUUUGCCUUAAUGCUAUGUCACAGGUUAGACUGAUUUAGAAACCGUUAAACACCAUGGACACUAUAAUUCCAUUGUUUUGUUUCGUUUAUUUUUAACUAUUAAACAAUGUUGCUUAAUUUUGUUUCACGGGUUUUGUGAAGUCACUCUAGGUCAUUCCACUCUAAGCUAGUUUAAAAAUGUUUUUGUGGUGUUAUCUUGCCGUUAAGCGUUAAACCUGACUGAUUUUCAUUUAUAAAUAACAGCACUUUGAAUACACUCAGCAUGUCUAGUAAAAACGACGUGAGUGCAAGCUACCUACGUCGUCAUGAAGGCUUUAGAUUCAAACACUGUAAAAAAUUUUUAGAAUUUGCCUUUACUUUUUUUGCUCCUCAAUGUUUUUAAUUGCGUGGAACACGAAAUUGUCAGAUUAACCACGUAACUAGAGGGACACUUCAUGUAUCGUUAAGUAAAGUUGUAUGUUCAAAACAUGUGACUGGUCAAAUGAGAGAGUGCAUUCAAUCAGUGAGUUAAUACAUUAAAGGUUGGAAAUUUGUGUCUGUCGUUAAGUCAUUAUAGGACAUUAGUUCUGGCAUUGCUGUUGACACGUUAUUACUAAGAAGUCGUAUGAAAUGGACUGCGCUUCGAUCGAAGGACUACAGGUAAGCACGGGAUUCGUUAUCCUCAUAUCCAGAUAUUGAUUUUUUUUAAAUUAUCGAUUGAAUCGCAAUCGCGCACAGCGACUGUUCUUUGCAGUGCUUCACCAACGCUGCACAGCCCUGCAUAAAAGCUGUUUAUCGACCUAUGGCUUUGUGUGGCUAUUUUUUUGCAUCUUUACGGCAGCGCUCCUGCAGCUCUCAGUAUCGCUACCGCAGCAUCAACGCAGGCACAAAAUGCACUGCUGCAGGGAACGGAAAACAGCGUUCAUGCAACCUUUCUGCAGCGCUCGUUGCAGCGCUAAUAAGUCGCUAAAGCAACGCUGUUUUAACAUCUUCUGUAUCAUACGGGUUCAUAUUCAGGUGAACUUUAGUGCUUUUCAUAGCACUUAUCACAGUGCCCCGUAAGAAACUUGCAGCGCUGUACAGCGCCACAAAAUUGCUUCAAAAUAGCUGUACAGCUAAAUUACAGCUGUUCAGCAGCCUUUUAGAAGCCAAACAACAGCUUCAUUCAAGUUGCAGCGGGAUGCAAAAGCGCUGUGCAGCCUCUGAAGGCUCUUUGAAGCUCUCGGCAGCAGUUUUGCAGCGCAGUUGCCAACUUUCAAACGCUGCGAAGUAGCUGCAGUAACGCUACAAUUCAGCUGCGGUCGAUCUGACUUUCUUGAGCGCCAAUAACAUGAAUCGUCAGAUAAAGCCUUGGCACAGAUUACGGCUUUUAUAACGCGAAAACUUUGACUGUACCUCUAAGAAAUGUGAGUAAGCUUGUGCGCAAAGAAGAUCAACUAUAGAAUAAACCUCCAAAUCCUAUGCUUUCAAUAAAUUUCAUUUCGUGACCGGAGAAUGUGGGAAUCUUAUUCCCUGGAGACAUUCUAGGCCAUAAUCUAAUUGGUCGGUCCUUUUGCAUGAGAUCCCAUUACAUCUCUAGACAAACACGGGUCACCCAAACAUUUGCGACCCGUUGAAUAAAAGGCGCAAACAUUCUAAGUUUUUUUGCAUCUAGUCUGUUUCGAGAUGGAAGUUCUGUUGAAGUUUUUGGAUGGAACAGCUCAAACGUAUUUGCAAACAAUGCCCUGAAGAGUGACUUCUACACUAAGUAUUGAUGAAUCGAACCAGAGCAAGCAACACAGAUACAAGAAUCUCAGAUGGGGUUCGCACUUACAAGAUUCUUAUACUCUUGUGGUAAUGUUCGUUCCUUAGUCCAUUGUAAAAUUUAACGACGACCAAAGUAAAACUGGGUUGAUUUCUUUCAUGAAAAAAGUGUAGAAGAUCGUGGAUCAUGGACAAAACGUCAAGGUGAGCAAUGUCCAGCUUAGCCUGUUGCAACUAAUCAAAAUAUCAUUUGCCUGCUGGCCGUGUAAACUUUAUGUAGAACAAUCGCUGUUAUUCUCUUUAUUUUUUAAAAAGAUAAUUUUCAAUGUCGGCAUGUUAAUGGAUGUUUUACAUUCAGAUGAGUGACCGUGAUUGCUAAAUAUUUACAAAGCGAGACUGUUGCAGAUUUGUUCUAUGUCACGUGCUUUUGUAACAUGUACGCGUGGAUACUAAUAAAGUAUAAGUUGCAUUUUGACUUUCUAGUGGUUUUACUCUGCUACUAAGGCCUUGUCAACUCCUCUACCAUGUAUCGUGAUUAUUGUAUUAGUGGAGCCUAGGCCAUUACCGGUAACAACAUUCUUUGUCUUUUCAAAGCCACUUUGCAGCACUGAUCGUGAUUCGGGAAUUUUCUGCACCACUGCAAAAGCGCUGUUCAUCGCUGUCAAAGGGCUUUCCACUGCAGCCAAAAUUUGCGGCUGCUGCAGCCCAGCGCUUUUACAGCUCUUUGUAGUGCUUCUUGAAGCCAUUCUGCAGCACUGCAGCAGCGCUGCUCGUUUCGUACGGGGCGUACAGAUACACUGUAAACGUGGACAACGAGGCGCUAUCUUCAGAGAACCAUCUGAGCCUCGAACUGAAAAGGCUAUAAUCACAAGGAAGAGGAAGGGAAAACAAACCAAAAGCAAAGCAGGCAAGAAGAAAGAACGAAAACGGUUAUUGGUGUAUGAUGUAGCACAGUUAAUCCCGUCUCGCGACAUCACUUCGUGAUUAGAAUUGGUAGCGUUAGUGGUUCAGCAAAAUAGAGCGGGAAAAAGUAAUCUUUCUGAAUUCAUUGCGAACAGAGGUCAAAGAGCCGUUGAGGAUGCAUUACAACUGGCUAAAGAAUUUAUGGAGGCCGAAGCUCAACUUGCCACAAGUAAAAAAGGUCAGUUGGAUUUGCUUGAGGAAGCUUACAAAGGAGAAUGUGCUAGCGAAUGCAACGAGGGGUGGUUAUGGUACAUGACAACCUUGAUUGAAAACAACGGCAUCUUGUUGAAUCAUUUCUGUAGUUCCGUUUACAUAGCGCUUCAUCAAGGAAGGGGAAAAUAUUGCAACAUGUAUGUCCACAGAACAGCAAAUGCAGGAAAAACUUUCAUUUUAACACCUCUCAGAUGUAUCUAGAAAGCCUUCUGUAACCCAGCGACGGGUACUUUUGCUUGGAUGAGAGCCAAACAGUCGGAGAUUAUUGUGUUGAACGACUUUUGCUGGAGCGCUUCUAUAAUUCCUUGCUCAGAUUUCCUGCAAAUGUUAGAACGUGAUGUCGUUCACCUUCCAGCACCGAAAAGACAUUGAAUUCACAAGGGACACGCCAUUCUUGGCCACGGCAGACACUCCAUUAGUCUUAGUAAAGGGUGGGUCCAUUGAUCAGACCAACACUCAAAUGAUGUCAGUCUGUUGGCGAUGCUUUCACUUCUAGAAGCAAAUUCCCGAAAAGGAUCAAGUAUGUCUCACUCCCUGUCCGAGAUGUUUUGAGAAACUUAUUAUCGAUAUCAAAUGAAACCGCCACAUAUUUUCUUAUCUCCCUAACCUCCAUUAAGAAAUUCACCCAGGGGACAUGACAGAUUUUCAACAGUGCUCCAUAAGAAAUGUUUCUUUUUUUUAACCAGAGGUAGACUGUUUAACAAUAAGUUAAACAAAACUUUGAUGAAAAAGUUAUUUUCUCGAGGUCUUUGAGACAAUAUUUCUCUUACCAGGAGAAAAGUUAGAAAAUACUCAGUGCUCCAUUGCAUAUUUAAAUUAGAGUUAUUCAUAGGAAAGUGUUUUACCACCAUUACAGUGAAGGACUGUUGUAAACCACCAAAGAAGAUGUUCAUUUGAGAAAGUAAGCCACAUUUGAAUAGCACAAACGUUUGGUUUUAUAGAAGUAAACAAAUAUUUUACAGACAGUGGUACCUCUUCUAAAGACCAAAAAUGAGAAUUUACCAGCGGAGAAAUGUGUUGCGUGACAAUGGAGCAUCGCAAAUUUAUUGCACUGAGAUGAUGGUCAUUAACCACGCAGAAUGUUUUCACAUGGACUUUCUUUAAUGCAAAAACAUACUUAAGUUUCACUAACAUCACUUGUCGAGUUUACAUUUAAUACUCGAUUCUUGCACCUUUUGAAGCAAUAAUUUGCUUGAUUGGCGUAGGCAUGCUUCUCAUGCGAUGUAUGAGAUCUGUAGGUAUUGAAUCAAAACAUCGCAUCACUCUGGUUUUAAAAUCAUUAAACGUUUCGUGUUCUAUUUGAAGACGAAUGGCCUCUUGUUCUAGCAUCUUCCUAACAAUAUGGAAAAUGUUUUCAAUAGAAUUUAAGCACGGGCUCCAAGGAUGAAUUUGGUGGAAUUUGGUGGAACUCAGCAUUGAUGUCUUCGACACCAAUUUUGUGGCGUUUAAAACCUGAGAUGGAUCGUUGUCCAUUACAAAAAGACGACGUUUCUCUCUACCUGCUCUUACAAAACACCUAGGAAAUUUUUCUCUUACAAAAGAAGCAAAAAAACUACCGUUCAUCGUUUCAUAGGCUUCACGAAGAACAACACCUUUGCCAUAACUUAUAGCUACUAAAGCAUGUAGUCUUUUGUCUCCCGCAAGAUCUUUGGAUCCUUUAGCUGUUACAGUUAAUCCCUCGGAUUGUCGUCACCAAAUCCGGGUUUUGGUUGUUUGGCUAUGCUCAAUGGAUUACUUUUGUAAACUAAGGACACUCCAUCUAAGUUAGAAGCCACAUCUUUGCUCCAAAAAUCAGGACUUUCCUUGAGCUUUCGCUUCAUGUUUUACACAUACUUCAAUCUCAGUGAGCGAUCUCAUUAAGGUAACACCAAAACAUCCUUCUGCUUGCCAAGUGACUUAUUCCAGCGUUCUCCCUUAGCUGCUUUACAGUGAAAUUUGCGUUGUCCCUACGUACCUUUUCAGUAGUACGAAUCAAUCCUCUUAUUCCACGUUUGUUAACGUUUCUUGGCCUCCCUCCUUUCUUCUUGUCAGGUUGUUUUUGGGGCUUGGCUUUUCUGCAACAGCAUACGUGGUGCACUUUGGACUUGGACAAUUUGCAUCUCCUGGCAAUUUCCCGAUAGCUUAAUGGCCUAGCUGAGUUUUUUUGCAAUAGCAGAGCCAUAGAUUUGGCUUCAGCUGAUAUUUUCGCCCCCACCUUUACCACUUCAAAUGAGAGAUGCUAAACUGUUGCUAUUGUCGUCGGUUCGACCAGUCUAUCUGCUGUGCCUUUGACAGAGUUUCCAAAUAAAUGCCCUUCAAUGGUAUUUUACCAUACAAGAAGUAGGGUUACUUCAGUUGUUUUACAUGCAUGCCGUAUUUUCACUGCAAUAGCACUUCAUGAAGUGUUCAUUUGACAUAUAGACACAGUGUGUACAAGCAAUCUGUGACCUUUCAUCUUUUAGAAAACACUGAGUGAGCUCCAGUUCCCUACUUCAAUUUACAAAACAUGUCAUAAACUCAACCAUUACAAAUAUUUCCAAAGACAAGUUUUCAUACCGCUAAAGAGACCCUUGCGAGCAAUUGAUGUUUUGGACAAUCCUGGCCAAAAGGGUUUGGAACACUUCUCUUACCCCCUCCUCUUUUUGGUAGGAAAUUGGGGAGUGACUGUCAAUUUACAGUCGUCAAUACGGCUAUGCCUCGGUUUCCUCCUCCCCCCUAAACAAAGUUUUUGGCCAGUAACACCCAACACUGUCCAGGGGGGAGGGGGAUGAUUGGAUAGUGCACAGAUCAUGUGGAAAUGACUAAGUGUCGCAAACGUUUUGUUCAGGAUUGUAGGUUGUUGUAGCUAAUUUUAGGUAACAUUUCUGUCAGUUUAUUCUGUUUGCUUAUGUUGGCUCGUGGCAUUAUCAAUCUUUUUCAAAUAAUUCAGAUAUAUUGGCCUUGAUUGUCCGAGGUUGAGGUGUCGAUAAAAGGGCCGAAUUAUUAGAAAUACCCCGAAACAUUAGCAUCAAGCUACAACCAGUUGCAAAAGUACGUGAGACACUGAACCGUAUUUUGGUAUAAAUGGCCUGUCCAUGAUCUUGUGCGUGUGAUCCCCCCUCCACCCCUUAUCAAAGUUGCUAGCAAUACAAGAUCAUACUCAAAACUUGGAGGAACAACUUUGAAUGGGAGGGAGGAGGGAGGUCAGUAUUAUAUAAUACAGACCUGUGACCAGGAGCGAUUUGAAGCAAGAAAGGUCGUUUUUCCGUGGGAGUGUCUCAUCAUUUUUGCAACUGGUCGUCUGAGUCCUUCAUACCCCUAUAGCCGUGGUGCACGAUUAUUAAACGGGGUAAAACGUGGUGCACUCUUAGCACCUAAGGAGGUGGUUAUAAAAAACAGUAUUUCAUUUUUGUCGGUUUGCCUGUUUAAAAAUGGCGAGACAAAAACGGCAGUUGUUGGCCCUUUUGUUUAUGUGGUAAUAUGCAAGAAAUUGGGCUUUUAAAGGAAGCACGUGGCAAAAGAUGCCACACCAUCUUAAGUAAGCUGCAACGAAAGGGGUUUUGGUCCUAAAACACUACAGAGAUGCGAAAAAUAAUACAUUUUCUUCAAACUCAGUUAAAAGAUGUUUAUUUACGGAAGGAAAGUGACGUAAGAUGCCCCGCUAGAUCAAGGAGAUAGCUUUUUGUUGUUGUUUCCGAUGAAGUACGUGGACGUGGUUCCUCUUUUAUCGCCUGCCAUUUACAGGAAAGAAAAGUUACGCUAAAAAGCAGCUGUUGUCGACUUUACUUUACUUAACACAAGUUUGGAUUUGUGUUUACCCUUUGGUCGUCUUUCAACUUUGUUUCGAUUCUGAAGCCCGAGUGUGGCUAUAGGCAUCAGAUAAUGAAAAUUCAUGCGCGUAUUUCAGUAACAUAGUCGCGAGAGCUCGCAUAUAACGUGGCUUUGUAGUUUUGUACUUGGUAAGGAAAUUUAUUUCUUUGCAAAAAGGAAGACACUGUCCCCAAGAAAAGCAAUUUUCCAGCACAGCAAUGUCAGGAAUUUACAUGCUUCAAUGGUCUACACAGUCUACAUGGUCUACCAUCAUAUGAGAUAAUAUAAUAAUAUAUUCUAUUUCUUACUGUUGCAGUCUGGUAGACUGUGGAUGAUGGUAGACCGUCAGAAAAUAGAAAUUAACAUAGCACACAACUUUUGCUGCUCUCUAGCUCUAACGGACUUUAAUAACCAUCUUAUUUUCACCGUAGUAGAUAAAAAAAACUGAACGGAUUUACUUUAACAACGAUGUUGAAAAAUAAGUCACGCGGUAUACCGAUUACAUAGCGCCAUUGCAUAUCAAAUGUCAUUGCGUUACAGAUACAGGGGUGAAAAUGAAGGUUUGGCAGCUUUAUUCGCAACUAUAGUAUCUCUAAAUACCAAGAAAAGGAAAAUUAUGCUGUUAUUAUGCAUUCGCACUUUUCAGAGUUUAAUUACAACGGCAAAACUUUAAGCUAUGUCACGGUAGAUAAUGGUGCAUGCGCUACAACAAAACUGAGGCAAAAUUUACAAGUCACUACAUUCUUAAGCGCAUUUUUAGGCAGUUUGCUAUCAAUGACAAUGAUGUAUCGGCUGGGAAAAGCAACACAAAGUGCCAUUCUAUUUAUUUAUGUCGCUAUAGUCUUCGUUUUGGGAAUUUAAGACGUGGAAAUCGCUUGUUGAAGUAAACCUUAAAUGAGACAACCAGUUGCAAAAGUACUUGAGACACUGAACCAUAUUUUGGUAUAAAUGGCCUGUCCAUGAUCUUGUGCGUGUGAUCCCCCCUCCACACCUUAUCAAAGUUGCUAGCAAUACAAGACCAUACUCAAAACCUGGAGGAACAACUUUGAAUGGGAGGGAGAAGGGAGGUCAGUAUUAUAUAAUACAAACCUGUGACCAGGAGCGAUUUGAAGCAAGAAAGGUCGUUUUUCCGUGGGAGUGUCUCAUCAUUUUUGCAACUGGUUGUAGCAUGGGAAAUAGGACUAUGGGAUUUCACCUAAGUCGAGAUGAUGGAGUAUGUUUUUUUAAUAGAAAUAAGGAACGAUUCAUAUCAGGUUUAAUUUUUUCACCAAGGUUAUUGCUAGGGACAUUUAGCCAUUUGAGCCGAGAGUGCCAUGAUCCAUUGCUUUCCGUAUUUUUGGCUAUAUCCUGUACUACGUACCUCAGCCUAAGCCUAAGUUGUUCUAAAAUCUAGCUCACUUAUUCCCACCUUCUCUUGUAGACUCGCAGACCAAGAGGUAAAUGUUCCAAGUAGAGGGCAGAAGCACUUGAUAGAUCUCCCUUCAGUAGUGCACUGUUAAGUGAAAAUUUUCUGUGUAGUUUUUGUAGAUUAAAUUUCACUUAUAAUUUACAGCAACAUCACAUUUUAUUUCCAUAGAGAAGCCUGGACUGCCAGUCCACCUGUGGAGGCUAUUUAGGUAUGUGGAUGAUGUUUUUGCAGCACACCUCACAGAAGAACUAGUGAAAGAACCUAACGAAAGCCAUGGAUGUUUAUUCCUUCUUGCAAAGAGUAUUGUUUGAUCCACAGAAACUGAUGCUCAUGAAUAUGAAGUAGUGCAUGAUAUGUGCCUUACGCUUGCACAAGAACCAGAUAAUGUACAAUAUCAAGGCCAGAUUCCCAGAAGAUAUUGACCUGGAGAAGUGGGAUUUCAAACUUUGUAGUAGAUGGUUUAAUAUAUAUAACUGAUAUAUAUAAUACUUGAUUAACAGUCUACAUUUAUCUAUUUAUAAAGUAAAAAAAUGACCAGAAAGCCUUAGGGUCAUGUUUGAAUUUAAAAAUAUUGAGCCUCGGCUACUGGCUUCUAUUAUUUUGAGAAAUAAGACGAAAUAUGAAUAGGGAAUGAGUUCAUCGAAACUCGCAGUUUUCAAAUUUAGCGUGCCUUUACUAUCAGAGCUGCUCUUCAACAUUGGGAAGAUUAAAAGAAACAAAAUCAUGGAGUUGCAAAGAUCGGACCUAGUUGGCCAAUACCUCAGGUCAACUACGGAAAAAACACGUGCCAAUACUAAUGAAGCUUGGGGUGGGGUUUUGUUUGUGGACGAGGCUUAUCACCUUAUACCAAGUGAAGAUUUUGGCCAAGCGGCAAUUGAGGAACUUAUGGCCGUAAUGGAGGAUGGUUAUCCCAUCAUGAUAUUUGCUGGAUAUGACAAGAAAAUGGACAAGGUUCUUGAUGUCAAUCCAGGACUGAGAUCUAGAAUUUACAGAAAAUUCGUCUUCAUUGAAUAUUCCACCGAUGAAGUUCAACAAAUCUUUUACCUCUAA